UGAUGCCUCCUCCAGCAGCAGCAGCAGCAGCAGCAGCGUGUUGUUUGCGGGGCUGCAGAUGGGUCUGUGGCGCAGUGCUGCAGGUCAUAAACAUCAAGGGAGAAAUUUAAAGAGACAGCAAAGGUUGUCGCCAGCUGUUGGGUAGGUCCCGCUGGUUCAGCCCGGAGACCAACAUCAUGGCCAAUGGUGAAGGAUCCCACAGAGCAAACGGCAGCGCCGUUCAGUCUUCCACUUAUCAGAACUAUUCCAAAGAAAGCAUGAAGCUUAAGAAGGAGAUCACGCUGCUCAACGGGGUCAGUUUGAUUGUGGGAAACAUGAUUGGCUCUGGCAUCUUUGUCUCUCCCAAGGGCGUGCUCAUCUACAGCGCCUCCUACGGCCUGUCACUAGUCAUCUGGGCCAUUGGGGGCCUGUUUUCAGUUGUUGGGGCCCUCUGCUAUGCUGAGCUGGGCACCACAAUCACUAAAUCAGGGGCUUCAUAUGCAUACAUCCUGGAGUCAUUUGGUGGCUUCAUUGCAUUCAUUCGUCUGUGGACAUCCCUGUUGAUCAUUGAACCCACCAGCCAGGCAGUCAUAGCCAUUACGUUUGCAAACUACCUGGUACAGCCGCUGUUUGCAACUUGUGAACCACCAUACGCAGCAGCGCGCCUCAUCGCUGCUGCAUGCAUAUGUCUACUGACAUUCAUAAACUCGGCUUAUGUAAAGUGGGGCACCCGUGUGCAGGACGUUUUUACCUAUGCGAAGGUGGCGGCACUCAUCGUCAUCAUAGUUACUGGUAUUGUCAAGCUGUGUCAGGGCUACACAGACAACUUUAAGUCAUCCUUCGAGGGCUCGUCUACAGAUCCUGGGGAUAUCGCUCUGGCAAUGUACUCUGCACUCUUCUCAUAUUCUGGCUGGGACACCCUUAACUUUGUAACGGAGGAGAUCAAAAACCCAGAAAGGAACCUACCUCUAGCCAUUGCCAUUUCCAUGCCAAUUGUCACCAUCAUCUACAUUCUCACCAAUGUGGCCUACUAUGCUGUUCUGGAUGUUAGUGCUGUGCUGGCCAGUGAUGCCGUGGCUGUGACUUUUGCAGAUCACACGCUGGGUGUCAUGAACUGGAUCAUCCCCAUUGCUGUAGCUCUGUCCUGUUAUGGAGGCCUAAAUGCUUCCAUUAUAGCUGCAUCCAGGUUGUUCUUUGUAGGGUCCCGGGAGGGUCACCUUCCAGAUGCUCUUUCUAUGAUCCAUAUACAAAGAUUCACUCCAAUCCCUGCGCUGAUCUUCAAUUGCAUCAUGUCACUGAUCUACCUCACAGUGGAAGAUGUCUUCCAACUUAUCAACUACUACAGCUUCAGUUACUGGUUCUUCAUGGGUCUGUCUGUCGCCGGCCAGAUCUACCUUCGCUGGAAGCACCCCGACAGACCCCGACCUCUCAAGCUCACACUGUUCUACCCAGUGGUGUUCUGCCUGUGUGCCGUCUUCCUCGUGGCGGUUCCUCUCUACAGCGACACAGUCAACUCCCUGAUCGGGAUUGCAAUCGCCCUGUCAGGUGUUCCUGUGUACUUCCUGGGCGUCUAUCUGCCAGAGUCCAAAAGACCACCCAUCAUCAUCAAGUUGCUGCGUUCUCUCACAUUCUUCACCCAGUACACCUGCUUCUGCGUACUGACAGAGGUGGACAAAAGCCAGUAGCUUCAACUACAUAAAGACUUUACCCAUCAGUGCCAGAUAUUCACCACACAGGAGAAUCUGCUGGGAAAGAAGCCUACAGCUCUUAAUUGUACUGUUCACCAUGUUGCUGCCAGAUAAAAACAUGUUACAAUGACCUAGUAGCUGAACAUACAUCAACUAAUAUAUCAUGUAUCACAGCCGGAUCAGCAUGCAACCUUUUGAACAGCCAUGUUGUGUGUGACAGUGUGUUGUAUUAAGUCCAAAGACAUGCUGAAAUCUGUCAGCCAGGUUCUCACAGUGCCUUGUAAAAGUAUUCCAAUGGAAGGAGCACAGCAUAGCCGUUGACCUACAGGUCCUUCUCAAAAUAUUAGCAUAUUGUGAUAAAGUUCAUUAUUUUCCAUAAUGUCAUGAUGAAAAUUUAA